CUUUUAACAAUCCCUCCAAGUGCACUUCUCAAAUCAGAACUGCAGAAUGCACGAGGGCAAGUGGGAUGCUCUGCAGGCUGGUCCUACCUCGUCCACAUCACCCACUCAAAAGCAGAAUGGUCCGCGGAUACUCGGACUCACGAUUUCUUCACCCACUGCAGUUCAUCCACAGACCACAGCCACGGAGCGAUCUUUUCCUAGAAUCCGAAGCAAGUUUUUAAAUGAGCUCCAUAAAGUGCAUUUGCCAUCUUGGGCUCCGGUGGCACUCGGCUUCCUCACGGUCCUCCUUAUAAUCUCCUGCAUCCUCUGUGCCUGUAGAAAGUUUAUAUUUAAGAAAAGGAAAGAGAAGGGUGGGAAAGAGAAAAGUGAAAAAAAUGGUAUCAACAUGUCAGACGUGAAAGACGAGGGAACGAAACAGGCUGUCCGUCCUGGCACUGAUUCUGAGCCCCAGGAGGAGAACACAGAGUCGAAACAGACUGCAAAGCUUGGAAAACUGCUUUACACCCUUGACUACAACUUUACUGACAGUGCGUUAAUCGUAGGUGUGAUUCAGGCCGAAGGCCUUGCUGCUAUGGACAUGAGUGGCACCUCAGAUCCAUACGUGAAAGUUUACCUCCUCCCAGACAAGAAGAAGAAGUUUGAGACUAAAGUUCACCGCAAAACCUUAGAUCCCACGUUCAAUGAACAUUUUACUUUUAAGGUUCCAUACGCAGAGCUUGGUGGAAAGACGUUGGUCAUGACUGUGUAUGACUUUGACCGCUUCUCCAAACACGAUGCUAUUGGUGACGUGAGGGUGCAGAUGAAUAAGGUGGAUUUCAGUCAUCUGACGGAGGAGUGGAGAGACCUGCAGAAAGCCGAGAAAGAGGAGCAGGAGCGGUUGGGUGAUAUUUGCUUGUCACUGCGCUACGUCCCCACUGCUGGAAAACUCACUGUUGUUAUUCUGGAGGCCAAAAACCUCAAAAAAAUGGAUGUGGGCGGUCUAUCAGACCCUUAUGUGAAAAUCCACCUGAUGCAGAACGGCAAAAGACUGAAGAAAAAGAAAACUACAACUAAGAAAAACACACUGAACCCGUAUUACAAUGAAUCAUUUAGCUUCGAAGUGUUGUCGGAGCAGAUUCAGAAAGUGCAGGUUGUGGUGACAGUGCUGGACUACGACAAAAUCGGAAAAAACGAUGCCAUUGGAAAGAUUUUUGUUGGACUGAACAGCUCAGGAACUGAGCAACGCCAUUGGUCGGAUAUGCUGGCCAAUCCGAGAAGACCCAUCGCCCAAUGGCACGCACUCAAACCUGAGGAGGAUGUGGAUGCUGAACUGUCGAAGAAAUGAAACGGUUACAUAUUGGGAGUAUGAGAAUUUGGUCAAUUAAAUAUGCAGCAAUUUUAUUUCAUUCGUGAUGUGUAGGAGUACGGUACACCCUGUAAAUAUUUUCCUGCAUGGCUAAAUUAAUCAUCAGAACCAAAUGAAUAUUCCAUAUCUCAUGAUGCACAGCAUGUGCACACUGUGAAGACAUACUGUAACAAAUGGAUGUCUUAAAAGUGAAUGCCUUAUUGAAAGAGCAAUUCCAACGCAUUUAACUUCUGUCAUGUGAUGUUUUUCUAAGUGAAACUGAAUAUUCAGUGGGUAACUAUAGAGGCGAAAGAGGAAUAAUUUUUAAUUUUUCAUCAGUCAGUUUAGAGAGAAAGCUUUGAUGAAAGGUUUUGUGAUUUUCCCCUGUGAAAUAAAGUGCACAAUUACUGGUAACGCUU